AUUUCAGGUUGCUACCCCGACCAACAACAAUAUUCACAACAGCAUUCGGUCCACCAUGAAUGCACUGACCGGUAAACUCAGAGCUUUUGUGUUUGGACCUCCUAAUGGCAAAAAAGUCUACCAGAAACUCAAGGCUGCUGAUGUCCCAGUAACAACCGCUGAAUGCAGGUCCUGCGCUGACCCUUGCGAUCAGGAUCAUGAUGACUUCUCUAGCAAAUUGGAUAUCGACAUGGAUUCGGAUUUGCUGGGAUCAGUGAAGCCCUACCGGCGACAGGUGGUCAUAUCGACCGGGAAGUCAGACUGGGCGAAAGAGGUGACUGAAGCGGAAGGCACGCUUGCUGCUUUCUUGAAUGCUGCCAACUCAUCAUUGGGCACCUCGAAGAAACCAAAGUCCAGCAGCGAUCCCCCUGCUACUGGUCUUUUCUCUCAUACCGAAGCAGGAAGACUCUCCAUUCUCAACGGAAGCCAUAGAUCUUUCUCCGAUGACGAGUCGCAUGAGACCGUGAUCGUGCUUCCAGACUUUAUGGUCGUAUCUGGGGUCCCACGCACUUUGGCGGGCGCUGAGGCGUUGUGGAGGGCUGCUGUUGAUCCAUCUCUUGCAUUCCAUCAAUAUCUCGAGCAAGAGGGCUGGGAAGUCCACACUAACCUGGACGAUCUCACUUCCGAACCCUCCCUCGAGUCACGAGCUAGCUCAAACACCGAGAAGGAACAAUUAAUCGAGACUCAGCUCAAGUCUCUUCAUACCGAGCACAAGGCACUGAUAUUAAAGAACUCUCAUGUCGGCGGGCAUAAAUUCGCAGGCAACUGUAUCAUCUACACUCCUCGUGGAGCUGGUGUAUGGUAUGGACGUGUCACGCCUCAUGAAGUGGAAUCAAUUGUGAGGCACACUAUCAUCGGUGGCCAAGUUCUCCCGACUAUCCUUCGUGGUGGGGUGGACCUUGCGUGCCGCGGAAAGAAGUCAUUAUACGACUGGUGACGAAACCAUCACGUAGAUACGUAUGCUGUAAACCUGUUGGUGGAAUUCAUAUCUUCUGCUGGCAGUCACCUGCAGUCACUCAAUCGA